UUCAGUCUGGAUUCUUCAUGAUUUUUUUUAGCAUUGAUGCCACAGAUGCCAAUUGUUACGGAAGGUACGUCAAUGACAGCAUCACAAAUAGAAAGGCCAACUUUGUUAUGAAGGCAUUGUAUUUCGGUGGAAACACACACUCGUGCUUGUUUGACAAAAGAGAGAUUUCCUCAGAGGAAGAGCUCACUUACUACUAUGGACCUACAGAUGAAAACAUGUACUGGAGAAAGAGAGUGUUGAUGUCGAGCCGGUCGCAGAUCAUGGUGGGGCACAACUUUCUGCUGAGGGUGUUGGUACUGAUGAAAAGCAUCAGCAAGAGAGUGUUGAUGUCGAGCCGGUCACAGAUCAUGGUGGGGCACAACUAUCUGCUGAGGGUGCUAGUACUGAAUGUGGUGAAACACCCAAUCCAGAUGAAAAGCAUCAGCAAGGCUGCAGGGGCAGCACUGUUACCCGUUUCUAAAGAAGUGAAUAUGGUGUUCAAAGAGUGUGUGCUUGAUAAAGUGCACAGUGACACUGUAUCGCUCGUUGUAAGAAAUGAUGACCUCAUUGUACAGUAUGGUUGCAGAUUGUUCAACAAAUGUGCAAGCAAUGUUCAUCAGUAUCAAUAUGUGAGACAGAAGAUGAGAGAGCUUGGUCGAUUCCUCUUGUGUGCAAGAGAAACAAAGAAGGGUAUUGUUACUCUUUCUGACUGUAUUAAGCCUCAGUUGUUUAAUGAGGUCAUUGCAAGUGAGCAGCGAGCAUCACAAUUCACAGAUGACAAAUGUUCAUUUGGAAUUCCAUCUUUGGCUCUAAAGCUGGGGCAUUCACUCAGAAAAUGUUCCAAAAUUGUCAAUGCAUCAGCUCUCAAAUCUCAGGAUGAGACAAGGCAACCAGAAGCCAAGGCUUUCUUGGAACUCUGUGAAUGUGAAUGGGACAGUGCCAGUUCGAGUGUUGCUUUACAAACCCUCCAGAAGUGGAGAUUUAAUGCACCCAAAAGAAUACCACUUGCUGAGGACAUCAGGAAGAUGAAUGAACACCUGGAAGAGGCUGGUGAUACGUUGCUCAAAUUGAUCAUAUCAUGUCCAUCUCAAGAUACCUGGCGAAAUCUGGCAGAAGUUGUCCUGGCACAAGUAGUCCUUUUCAACAGAAGAGGAGGAGAGACUGAAAGAAUGGAACUGAAACACUAUACUGGUAGAAUGACAGCCAGAAGUGAUUUGCAUGAAGAAGUAGCUUUGUCACUAUCAUCAUUUGAGUGAAAGCUUACCAGUACAAUGAGUCGUGUAGAGAUAAGAGGAAAGAGGAAGAACUGUGGCAGUACUGCUGCCUGACAGUCACAAGGCAAGGAUUGACUGUCUGAACAAAUAUCGGAAUGUUUGCAA